AAAUAGAGAGAGAGAGAUCGGAGUGAAAGAGGGGUUCGAAUUCUGGUGAAAGUUUCAGAGUUUCAGCUGACUUCGAUUCUGUCGAUGUGGCCGGGUUGUAACCAACAUCGUGUCUUCUUAACAAGGGUUACGUGUCAAGUGGAUAAACUCGGCUUUUUAGUUUUUCGACGUUUCCCAAAGACCGGGUCGGUUGGUGCUUGCCGUUCGUACUUAAUCCGAGCUUAGUGAUGCGUUUCGGCUGAAUCGGAUCGAUUGAAAGGUCUUAGAAUUUGCCUGAUUUCUGUUUUGCGGAGAGGACGAGGGUGAAAGCCGUGAGAUGACGACCUACGAGGAGUUCAUACAGCAGAGCGAGGAACGGGACGGGGUGAGGUUCACCUGGAACGUCUGGCCGUCGAGCAGGGUUGAAGGGUCGAAGCUUGUCGUCCCGGUCGGAUGUCUAUAUCAACCGUUGAAGGAGCGGCUGGACCUGCCUCCGCUCCAGUACGAUCCGGUGCUCUGUACGAGAAACACUUGCCGGGCCAUUCUCAACCCUCUGUGCCAGGUCGACUACAGGGCGAAACUCUGGGUGUGCAACUUCUGCUUCCAGAGGAAUCCCUUUCCGCCUCAGUACGCUGCGAUAUCGGAACAACACCAGCCGGCGGAGCUGAUCCCUUCGUUCUCCACUAUUGAGUACAUUAUUACCAGGGCACAGUUCCUUCCGCCUAUCUUUCUCCUUGUCAUAGACACUUGCCUUGAUGAGGAAGAGCUCAGCGCUUUGAAAGACUCCUUGCAGACUUCGUUGAGCCUUCUGCCCCCCAACGCUCUUAUCGGGCUCAUCAGCUUCGGCCGUAUGGUGCAGGUGCACGAGCUCGGUUGCGAAGGAUGUUCGAGGAGCUAUGUAUUUCGUGGUACGAAAGAGCUCACUUCCAAACAGAUCCAAGACAUGCUCGGAAUCGGGAAGGUCGCAGCGAGGACUCAGGUCCAACAACAGCCUCAGGCGAUGAACAGGUUCAUUCAGCCGGUUCAAAAUUGUGACAUGAGCCUUACAGAUCUCUUGGGCGAGAUGCAGAGAGACCCUUGGCCGGUGCUCCAAGGCAAGAGACCGCUCAGAUCGACCGGAGCCGCUCUCGCAAUCGCCGUGGGUUUGCUAGAAUGCUCUUUUCCUAAUUCCGGCGCUAGGAUCAUGCUCUUCGUCGGAGGACCUUGCUCUCAGGGUCCUGGACUUGUGGUGAACGAUGACCUACGCGAACCAAUCCGUUCACAUCACGACAUUCAGAAAGAUAACGCGAGGUAUCUUAAAAAGGCUGUCAAGCAUUACGACGCCGUGGCGCUGAGAGCCGCGACCAAUGGUCAUUCAAUCGACAUUUACUCUUGCGCUCUCGAUCAGACAGGACUGCACGAGAUGAAGCAGUGUUGCAACUCCACAGGAGGUCAUAUGGUCAUGGGGGAUUCUUUCAAUUCUUCCCUGUUCAAGCAGACAUUCCAGCGUGUACUGGCUAGAGAUCCGAAAGGCGACAUUAAAAUGGCAUUCAACGGAAUACUGGAAGUAAAAACGUCGCGUGAACUGAAGGUGAUGGGAGCGAUAGGACCUUGCGUCUCGCUAAAUACAAAAGGGCCUUGUGUCAGUGAGACCGAUAUAGGACUGGGUGGGACUUGUCAAUGGAAAAUGUGCACUUUCAACCAAAACACGACGUGCGCAUUGUUUUUCGAUAUCGUGAAUCAACACUCGGCACCGAUUCCUCAAGGAGGAAGAGGAUGCGUUCAGUUCAUAACUCAGUACCAGCACGCGACUACGGGACAAAGAAGGAUAAGGGUGACGACGGUGGCGAGAAACUGGGCGGACGCUUCGACAAACAUGUUCCACAUCAGUGCAGGCUUUGACCAGGAAGCCGGUGCAGUGCUCAUGGCUAGGAUGGUAGUCCACCGGGCAGACACCGAAGACGGUGCCGAUGUGAUGCGUUGGGCUGAUCGUAUGCUCAUCAGGCUCUGCCAGAAAUUCGGCGAGUACAGCAAAGAUGACCCUUCGAGCUUCAGACUGCCUGAAAACUUCUCGCUUUAUCCGCAAUUCAUGUACCAUCUACGGCGAUCGCAGUUCCUCCAGGUCUUCAACAACAGCCCUGAUGAGACUUCUUACUACAGGCACAUCCUGAUGAGAGAAGAUCUAUCGCAAAGUUUAAUCAUGAUACAGCCGAUAUUGUACAGUUACAGUUUCAACGGUCCAGAGCCCGUUUUGCUAGAUACUACGAGUAUUCAACCCGAUCGUAUUCUCCUGCUCGACACAUUUUUCCAGAUUCUGAUUUUCCACGGCGAGUCAAUCGCAUCCUGGAGGGCCCAGGGGUACCAAGACCUGCCAGAAUACGAGAACUUCAAACAACUGCUCCAGGCCCCGAUCGACGACGCCAAAGAGAUACUCCACACCAGAUUCCCUAUGCCGCGGUACAUCGACACGGAGCACGGAGGGUCGCAAGCCAGAUUCCUCCUCUCGAAAGUCAACCCUUCUCAGACGCACAACAACAUGUACGGAAUGGGAGGCGACUACGGCGCGCCUGUACUGACCGACGACGUAAGCCUUCAGCUCUUCAUGGAGCACCUCAAAAAGCUUGCAGUCUCAUCCACAGCAUAGUCAAUAUCAAGUUAAAAAAUUAAAUUUUACAAUAUACCUAUUUAUCAUAUAGAAUGUUAUUAAUGACUAAUUGUUGCCACUAUUAUCAAAUGGUUGAAUAAAUUAUUUUAUAUUCCAAA